AUGGCGGAAGAAGAAGAUCAUCCGUUGCUUGAAUCUUUAUCUGUUUUCAAACUUGGUGAGCCGUCAUUCGCUCGAAAUGAAUGCGAGCUUCUCUCCAGAUUUUUAGAGGAUCAACAAGAGAACAGUUUAGACAGCUUAUCCCUUCAUCAGUUGUGCACUAAUGUCAUAAGAAAUCGGAUUUGCAGCGGAGAUUUCAUUGGAAGCCGCCCAGCUAAAAAGUGGAUAUUCCUUAUCUUCAGAUUGACUCGAACUCUAUUCAGAGAAAAGUCAAGAAUUGCAACUUUUCAUUCCAUUAAUUUGCAUGCCAACUUUGUUCAGACUUUUCAGUUCAUUGCUUCUCGUUUUUUACGCAAUGAGCAUGACUGGAAUGUGACGGUUGUUAACUGUUUGAAUGUGACUCAAAAGCUGAUUGACAAUGGAGAAAAUGCCCAAAAGUUUGUUGAAUGUAAUCUGGAAGAUGGGGUGUUAGUACUGCUGGCGACUAGACAAAUGACGGUUUUGCAGCAUUCAUUGGAGAUUCUCGGAAGAUUAUCUGAUUGGUCAACAACUUGUAGAGAGAACUUGUGUGAAUCGAAUACAAUUGACGUUUGUUUGCAGCUGAUUCCAGACGGAGAUAUAUUGACACAAAAACUAUGUGUCAGCCUUCUUCGGAUACUUUCCUGUGAAGAACAAGCUCGGGAGCAAAUCAGAAUCUACGACGGUGUUCCAACACUGCUAGGUCUUCUCUCUAUCAAGAAUUCUCGUCUUCAAUGGCAUGUCGCAUGGACACUUGCUCAACUUGCCGAACAACAUGAAACAUCUCUGGAAAUAGCACAACUCGGUGGAAUCAGUCUUAUAUUUGCUGCUAUAUCAAACCCGAAACCACCUGGAAAAGCAGUCGGAGACUGGGUUGCAAUGCUCACUGGACUGACUGCUCUGCUGGCUCAAUUGGCACAAGCAAGCAGUAAUCAACAGUUGAUGUCAAAUGCAAAUGGAGUGUAUAUUCUGGGAAAACUUCUGGCAAUUCGCAAACAAGUGAUAACAGAUGAACCAAUUGAUUCGUGGCUUCUUCUUCAAUGUUCCAUAUUUCGAGUUCUCCGUUUAAUGUAUACUUUUGAAAGAUCAAGACAGUUAUUGAAGAAAGUAUUGCCGACGGAAAUAUUUGAAAAGUUUGUGGACGUAGGGAAUUAUAACAGUCUAUUGACGGAUUAUGAUGAAAUUUCGAGAAUGUAUGAUGAUCUUAUUGAAGAGAAUAUUGAUAUAAUGAAAGAUUGGGAAAGUGUGAACGAGCGAAGACAAGCAGUUGGAGAAGUUGGCGAAUACGAAUUACUGGAUCAACUUGGGGCGGGAGCAUUUGGAUGUGUAUAUACUGUACGAAAGAAGGCACAAAGUCAUUCGGAGAGCCCAGCAAAACUGUUUGCUCUCAAAGAAAUUUUCAUGACAAAUCUGAAUGACCGAGAAUCGGACAAGAGCUUUGGUGACAUGAUAAGUGAGGUUAAGAUUAUAAAACAACAACUCCGUCAUCCGAAUAUUGUUCGAUAUCGGAGAAUUUUUGUGGAAAAUCACAGAUUGUACAUUGUAAUGGACCUGAUUCAAGGAUGCUCACUCCGGGAUUUAAUUGUGACGAUGAAAGAAAAAAAAGGAAAUUUUGAAGAGAAGAAAAUAUGGGCCAUGGUAGUUCAGAUGAUGUUGGCACUUCGUUACCUUCACAAAGAGAAACAAAUUGUACAUAGAGAUUUGAAACCAAAUAAUAUAAUGAUGACAACUAAUGAAAGAAUUGUCAUAACUGAUUUUGGAUUAGCCAAACAAAAAGGACCUGAAUACUUGAAAUCGGCAGCGGGUACCAUUAUAUACAGUUGUCCAGAGAUUGUACAAAACUUGCCAUAUGGAGAAAAAGCCGAUAUUUGGUCUUUUGGAUGUUGUAUUUAUGAAAUGUGUCAUUUGAAACCAGUGUUCCAUUCAACUAACAUGUUAACUCUUGCUAUGCAAAUCGUUGAAGCAAAGUACGAUCCGUUGGAUGAAAUGUGGAGUGAUGAUCUUCGUUCGUUGAUAACUUCUUGUCUUUCACCUGAUCAAGCCGAUCGACCAGAUAUUAUGAAAGUUUCUGGAAUGUGUGGCUCUCGGCUUCUGGAGUAUCUAGAUGACGUUGCACGUCAACAAGCCACGACUUCUGAUAUGAACACAUCGGUGUCCAGUUAUAGUAUUUCAAAGUUUGAUGAGUCACCCUCUUCUCUCAAUUCCUCGACAAGUUCUUACAAACGACCGGGAAGAUCAAAAGUUGCUGGAACUGGAUUACUUCCACCCAUCAAUCCGGCCCCACGUAGAAACCACUCGAUGUCAGCUGGAGAAACUCCACGAGUAUUCUCAACCAGCAUUGUUUCACUUCCCAGAAUAACAAACGAUCGAUACGGAGUGAUGUUUCCCUCUGCUCCAUCGGCGAUUCCAAAUCGACGUCGCGUUCAAACAUGCUCCACUGAGCAUCCAGCAAGAUCUUCUUCUUCUACUGAGCUGAAAGUAUCAAAACAAUCAGAUGGACUAACGGUUAGCAGCAAUGUUCUUCGGCAGAUUCAAGAUCCAGUUCUUACGAUUUUGAAUCAGAUUCACAGAAUUUUGGUCGUGACUGACAAAGAAUCGAUUUCAACAACAAUGAAUCAUCAAAGAAGACUUGUUGAAAUGUUUCGAAAGAACCUUCUUGGGAGAGAGCAUGAUGCAGUUCAAAUGAAAACUCAUCUCAGAAAACUGGCGUCAGAAUCACCAGAAGAAAUCAAUAUGAAUUUGGGAUUCUCGGAUUUCCGACCAGUUUUAGUUCAGUCUCAUAUAAACGGAUAUCAAAAGGUGUUAUCACAAUGUCCUCCUGGUCUCACUCCACUUUUCUCCAACAACAACUUCAAUCAACCAUUGACGUGUACACCACAAGAUUCAUGCAGUUGCUAUUCGGGAUCAUCUCGUUUUGGAACACUUUGUCAGUAUGCAAGCACUUAUAACAACUACAUUUGCUGCUAUUCUACAAAUACACAAUGUGGAACUAACUCAAGCCCUCAAAUAUCAGCAUCUGGCCAAGUUGUUUCAUGUUCCAUGAACACCAACUGUGCAUCUGGAUACACUUGUAACAACGGAGUGUGUUGUCCCAACACAAAUUCCAAUUCGUGUAGCAAUUCUGGAAACAACGGAUGUCUGACAGGACAAGUUCUCGUCAACGGCCAAUGUUACAACUCAGUGAAUAUUGGAUCAGCAUGCCAAAGGACAGAACAGUGCACCGGCGGAUCACAAUGCCAAAAUGCAAUUUGUCAAUGUCAAAGUGGUUUUGUUAAUGUGAAUCAGCAAUGUGUUGUAAGCAAUGGACUGAACUGCCAGCUCGGAACUGUAUCCUACCAGUCUCAAUGUAUUAGUCUCGCUUCUCCAGGACAGAAUUGUCUCACUUCUUCUCAGUGCAUUGAUAAUUCGAUAUGUAACAAUGCAGUAUGCACUUGCAACAGUAACUAUCAACUUGUAUAUGGAUACUGUGUUCCAUUCACAACUGGAAACUGUCAGAACACUCAAACUCUUGUGAAUAACCAAUGCGUUCUCUAUUCCAUCGUCGGUGAGACUUGCAUUGCUAACCAACAAUGUGUGGGCGGAGCUAUCUGCAAUUCUGGAACAUGUAGAUGCCAAUCGGGAGCCACUGCAAUGUAUGGAUACUGUAUCAGUUCCUCUUCAACUUCGUGUAAUUCCAAUCAAGUUUCCAUCAACGGUAUAUGUUAUCCCACAGUGCAAAUCGGUGGCUCUUGCUCUUUUUCACAGCAGUGUCUGAACAACGCCGUCUGUACAAACAGUGUCUGCGUCUCAUCUUUCUGUAAUAUCCAGUGCAAUUCAAAUCAGGUGUGCAUCUCUAACCAAUGCUAUAAUUAUGUGUCCGUCGGGUCACAGUGUGUUGGUUCACAGCAGUGUCUAUCGAAUUCUCAAUGUUCAAAUGGUAUUUGUCAGUGUCCGCAAGGAACUCAGAUUUCCAAUGGAGUAUGUACAUCCAAUAACAAUAACAAUGGAUGUCAGACAAAUCAGAUUUCCUACAAUGGGCAAUGUUACAAUACCGUUUCAAUUGGAAGUCAAUGUAUGAUAACUCAACAAUGUCUUGGAAAUUCUCAAUGUAUCAAUUCAUUCUGCCAGUGUCCAUCAGGAUCAACCAAUGUGAAUGGAUUCUGUCAGGGAUCGAAUAUGAACUGCAAUUCCAAUCAGAUUUCCUAUAAUGGACAAUGUUAUAAUACCGUAUCUAUCGGAAGUCAAUGCAUAAUAACUCAACAAUGUCUCGGAAACUCCCAGUGUCUGAAUGCUUUCUGUCAAUGUCCAUCUGGAUCAACCAAUGUGAAUGGAUUCUGUCAAGGAUCCAAUAUAAACUGCAACUCGAACCAAAUCUCUUACAAUGGACAAUGCUACAACACUGUUUCGAUCGGAUCACAGUGUGUGAUCACACAACAGUGCCUCGGUAACUCCCAAUGUUUGAACUCCUUCUGUCAGUGUGCUUCUGGAUCCAGCAAUGUGAAUGGAUUCUGUCAAGGAUCGAACGGACAAUGUGGAGUAAAUCAAGUAUUGUACAACGGACAAUGCUACUCGACGGUUUCUAUUGGCAACCGAUGUACCAUUACUCAACAAUGUGUUGGAAACUCCCAAUGCUUGAAUUCUAUUUGUCAGUGUCCAACUGGAUCAAACAAUGUCAAUGGAUUCUGUCAGAGUUCAAUUAUUGAUUAUUUCGAAUUGUCAAAUAUAAUCUCAACUUAUGUUUUGCAGGUUUCAUUCAACGGACAGUGCUACAAUACAGUUUCGAUUGGUUCCCAGUGUGUUAUCACACAACAAUGCCUCGGGAACUCUCAAUGCGUGAAUUCGUUCUGUCAAUGUCCAACUGGAACCAGCAACGUCAACGGUUUCUGUACGACGACCUCAAAUGCAAAUCUGUGCUCGGCAGGUCAAACAGUUCAGUUGGACAACACAAAUCAGCCAAUCAACUGUUUGGUUUCCACGUGUCCAACUAACUCAUUCUGUCAGUAUUCGUCGAGUGGACAACGAUACGUUUGCUGUAGGAGCACAACAGGAAAGAAGAAGUAG